AUGGCGAGCCGAGAGAGAAGCGUCCUGGUCCUGUAUGGGUCGGAAACGGGCAAUGCCCAGGAUAUAGCCGAAGAGCUGGGUCGGCUGUGCCAGAGGCUCCAUUUCGAGAGUCACGUCGAGGAGCUCGACGCCACGGAUCUUAAUGCCCUGCUCCAGCACCAGCUCGUCAUCUUUGUCAUCUCGACAACCGGCCAGGGUGACAUGCCUCACAACUCCCUCGUCUUCUGGAAGAAGCUCUUGCGGAAGAAGCUGCCGCCAAACUGCUUGAGCCGCUUAAAGUACACCUGCUUUGGCCUUGGUGACAGCACAUAUCUGAAAAAGCUCGUGCGCAGACUGGACCAGCUUGGCGCCGCCACGUUCAUUGACCCGUACGAGGCAGAUGAACAGUUUCCAGAUGGAAUCGACGGAAGUUUCGUAAGAUGGGCCGAGGACCUGAAAAAGCAUCUCUUGGAGCACUAUCCACCUCCCUCAGGCUUGGAGCCCAUCCCUGACGACACGAUCCUCCCUCCACGCUGGUCUCUAGCCCCGGCUCUGGCUCCUGUUCUUGAGAAGACUGAGGAAAUUGACCUAUCUCUUCUCACAAUAAGUCAUACAAACGGCACGGCCACGGUUCUCAAUCUGCCCCCUGACGGUCUCCUACCUAUACCAGCCGGGUGGACAGCAACCAUGACGAGGAACGAAAGAUUGACGCCACAGGAGCACUGGCAGGAUGUUCGCCUCGUCUCAUUCGACAUACCCGCCCUUCCGUCAGGCGACAGACUCCAAAGUGUCCCAGGAGACUGCCUCACCCUCUAUCCAAAGAACUUCCCCCACGACGUCCAGAAGUUGAUCGAUCUCAUGGAGUGGAACAGUAUCGCCGACAGUCCGCUCGAUCUGUCGACCUGCAAGUCUCUUCCUCGCAACCUCUACUCCCCAGCAUCCUGUACGCUUCGCGAUCUGCUCCUGAACAACAUCGACAUAACUGCCAUUCCACGCCGUUCAUUCCUCAAGAACAUGUCCUACUUCACAACCGACGAAUAUCACCGCCAGCGACUGCUAGAAUUCAACAUGCCCGAGUACAUAGACGAGUACUUUGACUACGCCACGCGAUCCCGCCGCAGCAUCAUCGAAGUCCUUGAUGAAUUCACCUCCGUCAAGAUCCCCGCCGAGCGCCUCCUCGACGUCUUCCCUCUCAUCCGCGGCCGCGACUUCAGCAUCGCCAACGGAGGCGCAACAGUAACCCAGGCGGCAGCAGACGGCCACACCAGAGUCGACCUGUUGGUCGCCAUGGUCAAAUACCGCACCGUCCUCCGCAAACCUCGGGAGGGCCUCUGCUCCCGCUACCUCGCCAGCCUAGCCCCCGGCUUCACGCUCCGCGUCUCCCACAAGCCCGUCCUCUCGCCCAUCCACGGCGCCGCCAACGCCCAGCGGCCGCUCAUCGCCAUGGCCACCGGCACCGGCAUCGCCCCCGUGCGCUGCCUCGUCCACGAGCGCCUCACGCAUCCCUCCCCAGCGCCCAUGGUCAUAUUCUUCGGCAACCGGAACCGCGCCGCCGACUUCUUCUUCGAGGACGAAUGGCGCGCGCUCGCGGAGGACGCGGCGAAGAAGAACUCCCAGCUGCUGCUCUUUACGGCCUUCUCGAGGGACCAGCGGGAGAAGGUGUACGUGCAGGAUCUGGUUCGCCGGGAGGCACCCCGGUUGGAGGGGCUGAUAUCCCAGAAGGCCAUCUUCGCUGUUUGUGGGGGGUCGACGAAGAUGGCUGAUGCGUGUAAGCGUGCUGUCUUUGAGCCGUUUACAGAGAGUGGCGAUGAGGUGGUUAGGAAGGAGAUGUUGGGCGGGAUUACAUGGUGGCAGGAGAUUUGGUGA